ACAAGCCCAUGAGUAACUCAAUGUAAGUCAUGUUCUGUCUCUGUAUUUAAAAUUCUAAAAUCUCUCUGCGUGUCUUUCUUGUUGACUUUGGUGCUUCCCAUCAAUAAUGGCAGAGCUGCAGCAUUUCUCCCAUGAAUGUAAGCUGGCCUCGCCGGAGAUCUUCACGUAUGGUGUCUGUAACAUUUGUUACAAAGAUGAACCUGUUGAGUUCGCCUGUAAGUCUUGCAAAUUCGAUCUCUGUAAAACUUGCUGUGAGCUGCCACAAAAGGUGUUUCAUGAAUUUCACCCGGAUCACACUUUAGAGUUUUGUCUAGGCCAAUAUGAUCGGACACCUGAGUACGUCGUAUGCUCAGGGUGUGGGAACAUGUUUUCUGGCUCUUUCUAUGAGUGUAAAGAGUGUGAGAUCUAUCUUGAUUUGGGAUGUGCGCAUUUCAAGAACAUCGUCACGAGUUGGGACUUGAGAGAAAUGCUUCAUUAUAGCCAUUGCCACUUGGUUAAGAGGUGUAGACCAGGUCAAGAUGCUAAAGGCUGUUGUCUCCUCUGUGAGCUUCCUCUGUCUCCAUCUUCGAUAUGUUACGGUUGUGUUCAUUGUUACUCGUUUCUUCACGAGCGCUGCCUUGAUCUUCCGAUAGAGAUUCAGCAUCCGGUGCAUCCACCACACCCUCUCAGACGCCUUGAUUAUGCACAUAAUUGUGGAGUUGGAAGAGAUUGCAAUGCUUGCGGUGACAAGAUCAUCGGUGUCCCGUUUGGUUGUCUAGAAUGCAAUUUUGACAUUCACAUGAGGUGUGCAGAUUCCUUGUUGCGAAGCCUGAUGCACAAGUCUCAUGAACACAGAUUGUUUUAUGUGUGUGGUGGAAUGAAAAGUACUUAUGGACGAAUGCCUUGCGAAAUAUGCAUGAGAGGCGAUUGGGUCUAUGCCACAUACUACUAUCAGUGCGUGGAAUGUGAUUCAAUAUUUCAUUUCAAGUGUGUUGACAUACCCGAGUCCGUGGUCAAGAAAUCUUUUCACAUUCAUCCGCUUGUGCUUAAAACUUUCGUAGCGGAAAACAAUUCUAUGGAGUAUUGUGGCGUUUGUGAGACAAUAGUACACGCCGGACAUCAUGCUUAUACUUGUAAAGAAUGUGAUUUUGUUGGUCACAUUGGAUGCAUUCUUCGCGAGGAAGAGCCUUCGCCGUUGUACUUGAAAGAUCUGUAUUCUUCUGGAAAAGUUACAAUGAGAUCAAUAGAUCAAGACUACUCUGGAACCAACAACUUAGAAAACAAACUUACAGUUAAUGAUAUCUGGCAUAUUCAUGUGAUGAAACCAGUCCUCAUGAGUGAUCUUGAUAAAUAUCCAUGUUGCAAGAUCUGUGGAGGAAAAAUACUUAGUAAUCCAUGGAAAUGCGAGACCUGCAGCUUCGAGACACAUCAUUACUGUGCGGAGCUGGGGCGACCAUCAAAACAUCGACUUCAUCAGAACCACCCUUUGACACUCUUGCCAAAGUAUCCUUCACAAGAAAAGAUGAAAUGUGACGUUUGCAGAGGAAAUAUAUACAACUUCAAUCUCUUCUGCCGCAUAUGUGAUUUUGUUAUCCACAUCAACUGUGCCUUGAAAAGUAAACAUGUUCUUGAAGCUUUAAGGCAGAAAUUCACUGGCACUUGGAGAGGAUGGUGCAAGAAAGGCGUGCAUAAUAGAUUGGUUCAAGUUAUGGUCUCGAGGUCAUAUCCGACUACUUGCGUUAUUUGUGAUGAGAAGUUGUGUGGGAAAGCUGUAUCAUGUAUGAAGUGUGAAGAGAUAUACCAUCCUCAGUGUAUUGAGAGCUACCAUACUUAGUUUCUUGGUCCUUUCUCUGAUUUAGUCUGUUAUUUCUUUUGCUCUUGGUUGGUUUUGUGAGGGUCUUAUUAGAUCUUGCUCUCUGUUUCUUCAUAUACAAAUUCUUUUGGCUCUUAAAAUAAGUUUCAUCGUUUUCUCAAAAA